AUGCUGCGUCAAGGCCACGAUCGGAUCGACCCCAAGAGGCGCAAUGUCGUCGACCACCGCAAGAAGCAGUUUGCUACGCCCCAGUACAAGAAUGCCGAUUACCCUCAUCGCCUCAACUUUUACACGGAUGCGCCCACGGCCGACAUCACGCUAGAGCAGUUUGAGCAGUGGGCCAUCGACCGAUUAAGGGUCCUCGGCGAGUUGGAAGCAUGCUCAUUUCGCAACCGGACCCCCGCCGAGACGACGGCGCACAUGAAGCCUAUACUGGACAAGUACCUGCCGCUCGACUCCAACAGCUCCGGGUCGGGCAAGCUGUGGGCGCAGAGGCAGAAGGACCACUAUAGCCACUUCAUCCUCCGACUGGCCUUCUCGUCGACCGAGGACCUGCGACGGCGCUUCAGCCGCGUCGAGACGAUGCUGUUCCGCAUGCGCUUCGGCAGCGACGACUUGUCGGAGCGGUCCGUCUUCGUGUCCAGGCUCAACCUCGACUGGUGGGAUCCCGUGACGGACGACGAGAAGGCCGAGCUGGCCGACCAGCUUGCCGCCAUGCAGCCCCCGCGCAAGACGAUCGAGGACGACACGUGGUUCAAGGUGGACUGGAUGAGGGUACCCGACCUGGUCGAGGGCCGACGCGUGCUCCUGCGCCACGGCAAGGCCUACGUCCCGGGCAGGGAGCAGGCCAGCAUGGUUGUGGCCGAGUUCACGUCGCGACUUGACAGGCAGCUGGAGCUCACCGCCCGGGCACUCCCCCGACUGGACGAAGACGACAGGCUGACGCCGAUACUGGCGCACCUGUCCAAGAACUUCGUGACGCCUGACGCGUCGUACGCGUCCAACACGGGGGCUCCCGACGGCGCCGUCAUGACGGCAGCCAACGUUGACAAGCUGUCGCAGCACUUCCCGGCGUGCAUGUCUCACCUGCACCGGUCCCUCCGGCGCGACGCGCACCUCAAGCACUACGGCCGGCUGCAGUACACCCUCUUCCUCAAGGGCAUGGGCCUCAACCUGGAGGAGUGCCUGGCCUUCUGGCGCGGCGCCUUCCACAAGGUCACGGACGACACCUUCAACAAGGAGUACCGGUACAACGUGCGUCACGCGUACGGCGACGUCGGCGGCGACGCCAACCGCCGCGGCGGCGGCUACUCUCCCUUUUCCUGCCAGAAGAUCCUCACCGAGCACCCGCCCGGCGCCGGGGAGGCUCACGGCUGCCCCUACAGACAUUUCAAUAUGGAGAACCUCACGGCCCUGGUCCAGGGAAUGGGCGUGUCGGAUAAGGCUGUCAUUCAGGGUAUAAAGGAUGACAAGGAUAAUGUCAAGUUUAAUAUGGCUUGUAAUCGCGUCUUCGAACACAUUCACAAGAAGGAGAUAAAAAAGGCAAGAGACGAAGGAAUCAUGACGUCAAACCAACUAGAAACCAUCAUUCACCCCAACGAAUACUUCAAGAGGAGCUAUCUCCUCAAGAAUCUCGGUGAUGGCAAGACAGACGAUUGA